AUGUUCUCCGGAGUUGAAGCCUGUCGUCGGUCAGAAAUUCCAAUCCGUGCUUUCACUUUUUACGAUGUAUAUGCCCAUGCUGUUGGUUUUGAUACUCGCAAACAAGCGAUGAGAAAGGUGGAUAAUGUCACAACCUGGUAUCCCGUUGUAUGCAAUAGGGAAGGCAAGAAGAAGUCGGACGAAGAUGACCACUUGAAUGCCCGGUCUGGUUUCUCUAUCAAGCGCAUGAAGUUAUCUAAGCGUUGUGGUUGUAAGGCUAGUAUAUCUUUCAAGUUUUUAUCUAAAGAAGGAUUGUCAGGUUAUAUUAUUCAGGAGUUUAACGAGGUUCAUAACCAUCACAUGGUUGAGUCGGAACAUCAGCAAUUUAUGUCAAGUAAUCGAAAGUUGGAUGAUGUACAUCAGAAAUUCAUUCUUGACUGUUUCAAGGCUAAUAUAGGGCCCACACUUACAUUAAAGGUGUUGAAGGAAAUUCUCGGUGACCUAGUUGGUUGCACUGUUGGGGAUAGCAGGAAUGCUUCGCGAGACAUCAAAGCAUACGCACAUGGAUUUGAUGUGCAAAUGGUGUUGGAUGAUAUGGCUAAGAAGAAGGAGAUGUCCGAGGCGUUCACGAAUCACUACGAAGUUAAUGCUUCUAACCAGUUGGUUGCUCUAUUUUGGUGUGACGGUUUGAUGAAGAGGAAUUAUCACAUGUUUGGUGAUUUUGUGGCCUUUGACUCCACGUACAACACAAACAGGUACUGUAUGAUCUUCACUCCUUUCACUGGAAAGGAUAAUCAUGGUAGACCUGUGACCUUCGCGGCCGGAUUGGUGUGCAGCGAGAAAACAUGGGCAUUUGCUUGGUUGUUCAGACAUUUCGUCGAAUGCAUGGGUGUAGCACCCAAGAUGAUUGUGACAGAUCAGGAUUUGGGCAUGAGAUCAGCUAUUGAAGAGGUUCUAGUUGGCACUCGCCACCAUUGGUGUAUGUGGCAUAUAAUGCAUAAGUUGGCCAGCAAGGUACCGAACAGGUUGCUGAGGGACGACGAGUUCAAAAAGGAAUUCAAUGCUUGUGUGUGGUCGGACCUGGCAUUUCUGGAUACCGACGUACUUCAGGGAUUUUCCUAUGGGAUCGAUGAUUAG